GACCAGCGUUCAGGACACGAUAGCACCAUGUCCUCCUUACUAUCUUCGGUGGCCAGCCACAUCCCCACGGUCGCGUCCAAAUCCACCUCGGACCCAACCACUUCCAACCCGCUCGACAACCUCCCUACACCCCCGACCUUGUCGCCCGAGCUCCGUCUGCUGGUCGGUCUCGCCUGUACUUCGGCUUCCACCAGUAAUCCGAUCCUCCCUCAUUUACCUCCUAUCACUCGAGAAUGGUGGAUCCGCGUGGGAAAAGAAUGGGCAAAGUCGGUCAUCAAGAUGAUCAAGAUGGACCAAGCGGGUCUGCCUGGCGUCGUGGGCGCAGAACAGGUCCAUGCGGCGGCCAAGGAUUAUUUCAAGGACAUGCCCGAUAAGGAGAGGGAGACCGAUUACACGAGUGUGAUCGAGACUUUGGUGAUCGCUUCGAUCUUUACGCCGCCGACAGACUCGGAAAAGGUCGCCAAGGUAGAGACAUCAGCCUCGAGCUUUACGGGGAAUGAGAGGCAGGGAGAGAAACAGGCCGUUCCUACUUUAUCUUAUACCCCCUCGGCAAGACAAUUGAUACACACCACCCUCGACCUCUUAUCCAUACCUAUCCCUUCCCAUUUGGCUCCAGUUGAACAGAAACUAUCCAGGUCGCUCUUCAAGACGCUGCAGCAAGUCUCUGAACGUCAGAACCAGGAAGAAGUCGCUCGGUCCCGGGAAAGACAAGCUGAAGGAUGGGGUGGCAAGACAGGGAGAUGGUUGGCUACCGGUGCAGGAGUUGUUGUCGGAGGAGUUGCCCUCGGGAUCACCGGUGGACUAGCCGCACCCGCGAUCGCGGCUCUGAUACCAGGGUUCAUGACCUUUGGGCUUUUAACGACCGCAACUGCGCCCGUGGUAUUGGGUAGUAUCUUUGGGGUGACCGCUGGAGGUCUGACAGGGAAGCGAGUUAGGGAGAGAUGGAGGGGAGUGGACGAGUUUGAAUUUGUCGACGUCAAGUUCGGGUCGAAGCAGAUCGAUGAGGUCGCUCCCGUCUCACCGAACCCGGCUGAGGGAGACUCAGCAUCACGCGAGACGGAACCCGAGCCGGAGGAGGAUGUCGAUGAAGAGACGCUCAUCGAGUCGAUCAAGAAGAAAUACGCGGCAUUGCCAGACGCUUUCCGGAUGAGCAAGCAGCCUGACGUUUCGAACGCUCUUGUCGGAUCGCCUGCUCGGACAGGUUCGACCCCUGCUCGGACUUCUAUCGAAAGCACCAGGGACAUCGAGGACAGGACUUCGAGGAUCAGUUUGGACGAUCCGGCAGAGAGGGAGAAGAGGGCGGAAGACGAUGCGAGAUUAUUGGAAGGCCGGGCGCCUAGCUUGAUCGCUACCAUCGUCGUACCCGGUCUCCUCAUCAAAUCCCCCACCGAAGCGCUCACAGCCUGGCAAUCGCAAAUCGUACCCAACUCGCCCUUCUUCUCAGACGGCCGGGACAUUUACGUUCUCAAAUACGAGACUCGGCAUAUGCUUGCGACCGGCAAGGCCAUCAACAGUUUCGUCACGGGGAAACUCAAGGGAUACCUGAAGAAACAGGUCAUCAAGCGGACUGCUUUAAACGCUUACUUCGCUGCUGUGGCCCUGCCUAUGUCGGUCUAUAGCAUGGCUUCGAUGUACACGGAUAACGUGUGGAUUCAGAGUCAGGACAAGGCGAUCAAAGCAGGACGUCUGCUUGGGGAAGUCUUGGAAAAGCGGGUUCAGGGGCAACGUCCCGUAGUCCUGAUCGGCCAGAGUCUGGGAGCUUUGACGGUGUUCCACGCUUUGCUCUACCUGAGCUCUCGAUCGAAUGGCGCCGCCCGGCCCGAGAUUGUCGAAUCUGCCUUCCUCAUCUCGUUGCCCUCCGCUCCGACUGACGCAGAGUGGGCCAAGUGUCGCCGAGUCGUGGCCAGGCGGUUCGUGAACGCUUGGUGCGAGAAGGAUUUUGUCUUGGCAUCCGUCGUUAGGUUGCACGAGGUGGUCUCGCGCGCGGUCACACUUUCAAACGGGGUGCACGUAGCGGGUCUUCGUCGGGUCGAGCAGGCUGGUGUGGAAGAUGUCGACAUUUCAAAUGUCGUGGACGGUCAUCUGGAUCUGCAGAAGAAGAUGCCCGAGAUCCUGAAGGUACUGGAGGUAGACGCUUGAGGCAACUUCAUGGGUUCCCUUGGUAUGCAUUAUCUGUACGUUUUAGUGAUUGACAUGACGCGUAACAAAGUAUAGGAAUACGCUUUUCUUUUU